AUGGAUUAUAUUUCAUCCCCUGACUUCCUUCAAGAUGAUGACGAUGAAUCGGGAAUGUCUGAACGGGCACCAAAGGCACGAGACGGUAUUAUUUUUCUGUUAGAUUGUACAACCACCAUGGUUUCUGACAAUUUGACUGAAGCGUUUUCCAUAGAGGGCGCUGAAACAGGUCUAAAACUUGCUCUCUCAUGUUGUGAGAUCUUCAUGAAAAACAAAGCCGUAAGCAGUGCCGGUGACAUGAGUGGUGUUGUGUUCAUGAGGACGAACCUGAACUUCGUUGAUGCGCCACGUAUUCUGGAAAUUAGAAAACUUCGUCAGAUGUCCUCAGAGAAGUUUGCUGAAGUGUAUGGAAGUCUUCCCGCAGAAGAAAGCUUUCCUGUUCACGAAGCGCUUUGGGCUUGCCAGACAAUGUUUAGCAAAGUCUAUGCUGAAAAAGACGGUUUUAUUUGCCUAAAUUUCUUCAUGUUAUUUUUCAACACUCUUAGAUCGUUCUCAUUAGGCUACAAACGCAUUUGGUUGUUCACAGACGACCAUAAUCCAGUUGGAAAUAAAGCCCAACUGCAGCGUCAGGCAAUUUUAAAGGCGGUUGAUUUGCGACAGAGCGGAAUCGAACUUGAGGUGUUGCCUGUUUCACGUGAACGUGAAUUUUUCUGUAUGGAGACAUUCUAUGGGCAACUUCUCCAUGAUGAACCUGACGUGGAUUCGCUUCCUACAAAUCUUACUCAACGCAUCGCCGAUCUGCUCUCUCAUGGAAGUUCUCUCGAGCCGAGUCGUCGUCGCGCAAGUCGUUUGCCGUUCUUUCUGGUCCCUUCAACAGCCCAGGCGUUGACCACUGAGGGGGAGCCGAGUCAUGCUCUCGCCUUCGGUGUCUCGAUUUACUGCCUUGUGCGGCCCGCCGUGCGCCCCAGACCGGUACGGCUGUUUGCACCAGCAAAUGAGUUGGUCACGGUGAAACGUCGAUACUACAAGGUUUGCAACGAUGCUCAUCCACACCGAGGUGUCUGUACGGACCCUGAAAACAUUGUCCUACCUCAAGACCUCGUAAAAGGGCUUCGAGCAGGCAGUCGCACGGUCUAUUUUGAAAAUGCCGAACUUUCUGGUCGUUCAAGGCAAUUCGUGGCUGUUGGCAUCCACCUUCUCGGGUUUAAGCCGCUCAAGAGACUGAAGCCGUGGUAUCACUUGAGAGCAGCUCAGUUUGUCUACCCGGAUGAGGGACUAGCGAAGGGCAGUACCCUAUGGUUCACGACUCUUCUGUCUGUUUGUCUUAGGAGACAGAUUUUCGCAAUUGCGCUUUACGUGCAGCGUCGGGGCAUGCCUCCUCGCUUGGUUGCGCUUGUUCCACAGGCGGAGAAGCUGAACGAAAACCGCUCUCAAAUUGUAAGCUCGGGAUUUCACCUAGUCCACCUUCCCUAUCAGGAGGAUGUCAGGCAGUUGACAUUACCGAAAUCCGCACCAGACCUGGUAGCGAAUCCACGUCUUCAAAGGCAUUACGCCGAACUGGAAGCCCUGGCGCUAGAGUUGCCCAGCCCCAAGGAGGUACCCGACCACACACUGCCAAAUUUUCAGCAAAUAAAAGAACGUGCCGGAAAGGAAAUCGAGGCAUUUGCUGCACUUUUGCAUCGUCAUGCGUCUUUUGAGGGCCAGCUUUCUUCUUCAUUGGCCAAGAAGGUGGCCCAUUCACCAAGCACGCUGGCAGCCGCUGAGCUUCGAAAUGACAGCCCUGGAUCUUCUGAGGCGAUCGACUGCAUCCCACAUCGAUAA